CAAGGCCGGGCGGAGAAAAGGGGGAGGCAGACUGAUGGGUGAGGAUCCACAGACUCGUUCAGUCGCAUUCAGGUCAUCAGGGAGGACAGACAACAGAACCCUUGAGACAGCCUGAGACGAAGACAACUUACCCAAACACACAGCGACAGGCAGACGAGCCAAAGACAACUUUACCAAAUACUAAGAAGAUGAUGAUAACUUUACCAAUACACGUCAACUAGGUGAGGGACAAAGGACAAGUUUACUAACGCUUGUGAACUAGGACAGAGGACAACUUUACUAACGCACGUCAACUAGGACAGAGGACAACUUUACUAACACACGUGAACUAGGACAGAGGACAACUUUACUAACACACGUCAACUAGGACAGAGGACAACUUUACUAACACACGUCAACUAGGACAGAGGACAACUUUACUAACACACGUCAACUAGGACAGAGGACAACUUUACUAACGUACGUCAACUAGGACAGAGGACAACUUUACUAACACACAUCAACUAGGACAGAGGACAACUUUACUAACGUACGUCAACUAGGACAGAGGACAACUUUAUCAAAUACUAAAACUAGGAGAGAUGUCAGAGAAAACUUUACCAAACUGAUCACAACUUAAAAAGGAGUGUCUCGUUUAAAGCCUCAAUGAAAUGGAGAACAUUGCUCCAAAAGAAACCACAACUAGAAUAAGUGCCUGGAUAUCUUUACUAAACAUCUGUCAACCAAGAGAAGAACACCUUUUAUUCCCAAAACAUUAGAGCUACAGGAAGAAUUUACCUUUAGAAUAUCAACCACACCUAAAAGAAGUGAAACACCGAUCCUAAACAGGAGAGAAGCAGGCUCCAUCUCUACCAGGCACCUGUAAAAAUUUACCUAAACCAAUCACAAAUCAUCUUUACACGAAAACCCACUGUUUUGAGGCGAGCCUACAUAGAAGAGAGAAGACUGCCUUUCAAAAAUCAGCUUAGAAGCCUAACACUGAGAGCAGCCUACACCGUGAGUAAGUCAGCUUAACCAAGCACAUAAAUCGUUCACAAGUCUCAAAUCAUCUUUACCUGGAAAACCACAUUGGUGAAAGGACUGGACACUUUAGAGAAGAGGCUUGUGUCCAUGUGUUGGUUCCGUGUGGUGUGGAUGCUGAGAGCUAAGACAAGGAUGAGUGUGAAGAGGGUAUCGAUGGCAGGCGGGUCCUUGAGGUGCCAUCCAGCUUAUAUGUAAACAAAGCGCCAUACCCAUGCUACGACCAGCCUGGCACAGAGGGGGGUGGGCACUGGGGAGUACCACUCUCUCUCCUUUAUUCCUACUGCUCCUCUCCAGUCUGCAGGUUCCCCCAUUAGCUGACGCCAUGAAGAUGACGCUUGAAGAGUUGAUCUGCAAACGGAAUGCAUAUAGGGAGAACUGCACCAGGAUUUUAGCAGAAAGCAUCUUCUCAGAAACUGGAAUCUAUUGUAAUGGGACGUUUGACGUGUUUGUGUGUUGGCCCCACUCAGCCCCCGGUAACGUGUCAGUGCCCUGUCCUUCCUACCUUCCCUGGAUUACAAAGGAUGACUCCAGGAGUGUGUACAGGGAGUGUCUAUCCAAUGGGUGUUGGCGACUCCAGGAUAAUUCUACGGAAGCCUGGCGGGACAAGACAGAAUGUGAUGAACCAUACUACUUUAAAGCCGAGGAGGAUGAGUUGUUUCGCCAAGCAGCCCUGAGAGUCAUCUCCAUCGUCGGCUACUCUCUGUCCCUCUCCUCCCUUUCUCUGGCCACUCUACUCAUGGGCAUUCUCAGGAAGCUCCACUGUACGAGGAACUACAUCCACAUGAAUCUGUUUGUGUCGUUCAUGUUGAGAGCCAUUGCAGUCUUCAUAAAGGAGAUCGUGUUACAUGUCAUGUACACCAAACUACCCAGCGACGACCCAGGGUGGAACUCAUACUCCAACUCAGUGAUAAUGGUGGUAUGUAAGGCCUCCCGGGUGUUCAUGGAGUAUUUUGUAGCCUGUAACUACUUCUGGCUCCUGGUGGAAGCCAUCUUCCUCCAGACCCUCCUCUUCACCGCCGUCCUCACCAAGAGACGGCUGCUCAAGCGAUACAUGCUCAUUGGCUGGGGUACUCCAUUUGUGUUUGUGGUGCCAUGGACAGUAACCAAAGCUUUAUAUGAAAAUAAAGGGUGCUGGGCCAAUAAGAAUAGAUGGAUCUGGUGGAUAAUAAGGGGACCCAUCACUUUAUCUGUGUUGGUCAUUUUCUACAUAUUCAUCAAAAUACUAAUGUUGCUGCUCUCAAAGUUAAAGGCAGAUCAAGUGAAAUUCACAGACUACAGAUACAGCUUGGCCAGGGCUACGCUAGUCCUGAUCCCUCUACUGGGGAUCCACGAGGUAGUUUUCACUAUACUGAUAGACGAGAGUGUGGAGGGAAGCAGCCGCUAUGCCAGGAACUUCAUUAACCUCACCCUCAGCUCCUUCCAGGGAUUCUUGGUUUCUGUGCUGUACUGCUUCGCCAAUGGAGAGUUCCAGGCGGAGCUGAAAAAGCGAUGGCAGCUCUUCCUGUUCACGAACCACUUCCAGGUCACGCCCUGCAUCAACUUCCGGGGCGAGCCCCUCAAACACCUGUGGAAGUGCUCCAGAGGCCGACGCCCACACGGCUCCCAGCAGAGCGAAUCAUUCGAGGAGGGGGGUGGCCCUUCCACACACUCACACUUGCUGCAGGUGGCCUUGCAGGGGGAAGGAAGCCAACGAGAGGGGGAAGGAGGGGAGGUGGCAGGGUGGAGAGAUAGGGAGAGAAACAUGGGAGGAUUGGAGUUCCACACCAGGAAGAGCCUGUCAAGUAGCGAUGGUGAGAUGACGCUGGGAGAGACCAUGGAGGAGAUACUGGAGGAGAGCGAGUUCUGACCUCCUCCAUCUUGUGGAUACUCCUGGUCAGGGUUGGGUAGGUUACUUUCUAAAUGUAAUCUGUUACAGUUACCUGUCCAAAAUUGUAAUCAGUAAUGUAACUUUUGGAUUACCCAAACUCAGUAACAAUCUGAUUACUAUCAGUUACUUUUGGAUUACUUUCCCCUGAAGAGGCAUUCGAAGAAGACGAAAAGGAUCCAUCGAACGCAUUUGGUGUCAUCAUAGUGGUCUCUGACUCGCUCAGGUGGAACAAACUGGCACCUUUUUUCAAUGCGGAAUUGAUUGUCACUGAGAAAACCGAAACAAACUUCAUUUGUGAAUUUAAAAGUAAUCCAAGAAGUAGUCAUCUGUGGCGGCAGGUAGCUUAGUGAUUAAGAGCGUUGUGC